AUGUCAAGCACUUCCAGAUCAACGCAAACAAGACAAAGAAGAAAGGUCAGUUGUGCUUCAUGCAGACAGAAGAAAAUCAAAUGUAACCGAGAUGAGACUUCGAGACCGGGAAGCACCUCCUAUAACGAUACACUCCGGGACGUUCCCCGUGGGAUGUUCAAUCAAUUAGUGUGCAAUGCACAAGGGGCCCAUGAUGCUAAUUCUGCACAAAUGGCGUGUGAUGAUGCCCAUGGAGCCAAUAUGAGCAGUACUCCCUCUUCUUAUCUAGAUGAGUACUUGUACCCGAAUCAGUCUCGAGUUCCAGCAUCUUGGCAUCAAGCAGUUCAUGAAGCAACAUUCUCGAUCGACCAGCCCCCACCAGAUCCACAGAAUUCCAACCAGAAUGGUUUGAUCGGUACCGACUUCUCGACGUUCUACCAAUAUACUAAUGAUGAGCUGCAUGUAUCAUCUACUCAUUGUCCCAACUCCGCUCAGCCGUCUAUCAGCAAUGACCCAGCCAUCAUUCAAGCCUAUCUCCAGCACGUAACUAGGGCAAGACGCCAAUUCAUAGAGCAAUGUGGACUCUCGGAACAGGGUUCGAGUGAGCCUUAG